CAAAGUUGCGUAAAGAGCCCGAUUCUGCACAAGUAUCGAUCGCUCGGUGAUUAAUACAAUGUCAGCCAUACGGCGGAAAUUUGGCGAGGACUACCAGGUGGUCAACACCAACCGGAGCAUCACUUUUUCCGCGCCGGUGAAGAGGAAGAGGCAGCGCUUCGUGGAGAAGAACGGCCGCUGCAACGUCCAGCACGGUAACCUUGGCGGGGAGACGAGCCGCUACAUCUCCGACCUCUUCACCACGCUGGUGGACCUCAAGUGGCGCUGGAACCUGCUCAUCUUCAUCCUCACCUACACGGUCGCCUGGCUGGUCAUGGCUUCCAUGUGGUGGGUGAUCGCGUACAUCCGCGGCGACCUGAGCCACAGCGGCCACGACGCGUCCUACACCCCGUGCGUCGCCAACGUGUACAACUUUCCCUCCGCGUUCCUGUUCUUCAUCGAGACGGAGGCGACCAUCGGCUACGGCUACCGCUACAUCACCGAGAAGUGUCCGGAGGGCAUCAUCCUCUUCCUCUUCCAGUCGCUGCUGGGCUCCAUCGUGGACGCCUUCCUCAUCGGCUGCAUGUUCAUCAAGAUGUCGCAGCCGAAGAAGCGCGCCGAGACGCUCAUGUUCAGCCAGGACGCGGUGAUCUCGCAGCGGGACGGCAAGUUGUGCCUCAUGUUCCGGGUGGGGAACCUGCGGAACAGCCACAUGGUGUCGGCGCAGAUCAGGUGCAAACUCAUCAAGUCUCGACAGACCCCAGAAGGCGAGUUCCUGCCUCUGGACCAGUGUGAGCUGGAUGUAGGAUUUGGGACGGGAGCAGACCAGCUCUUCUUAGUGUCGCCUCUAACCAUCUGCCAUGAGAUCAACACCAAGAGCCCGUUCUUCGAUCUGUCGCAGCGCUCCCUCAUGAACGAGCAGUUUGAGAUUGUUGUCAUCCUGGAGGGCAUCGUGGAGACCACUGGUAUGACAUGCCAGGCGAGGACGUCUUACACCGAAGAUGAGGUCCUUUGGGGCCAUCGCUUCCUCCCCGUCAUGUCCCUGGAGGAGGGCUUCUUCAGAGUCGACUACUCUCAGUUUCACAACACCUUUGAGGUCAAUACGCCACCCUACAGCGUAAAAGAACAGGAGGAGAAGUCCCCGUUGACGUCGCCUAACCCUCUGCCUGUUGCGCCCACCCCCUCCUCCCCUCCGCCGGGUAAUGGCAGCCGUGGAGGCCGCAGAGAAAGGCUCCUGUCGGCCGACUAUGCAGACCACGUAGAGGAGCCUACCUUCCGGCUGCCCAGCAAACUCCAGCGCAUGAGCUCCACCAAGGAAGAGCUCCUGUGGAAGGGGCUGAAGACCGGGCCGGCCUUGCCCGGGGGGAAGGCCUCCAGCACAGGGGACCUUCCACUUAGUAUUCAGAGGCUGAGGUCCAGCUCCAUCCCGGUUGCGAGGCAAGGGCAGCUGGAGGAGCAGGUCCAGCUGCUGUCCUUGGACAGGGAUGCGGAGGAGAUUGAACUGGAGAAACACAGACUGCCAUUAGCCGUUAGCACCAUCGCUGCUCCAACCCCGACACCAGUCCAGAUCCCCUUGGUGGGGAGUCGGCCAGAGGACAACCUGCCCGCUAAACUGCGCAGAAUGAAUGCCGACCGCUGAUUUCUGCACACUACCUUUAAGACUGAAAACAUUUUUAAAAAUUAAAUCAGGCUUGACGGGCAUUGCAUAUAAAUAAAGACUACUGUGAUAUAAGUUUUAUUUUUUUUCUUGCAGAUUUUCUCCAGUAUUUUACAUUUACUUAUGGGCUCUCGACUAUGUUGUCCAUUGCCACAAAUAGAAGGACAACACCAAUAAGCCAUCCAUCCGCUCAUACUGUGAGUCAUUUUUGAUAGAUCACCAUCUGUGCCCCCCACUGACUUCUAACACUUCUGCCCUCGUGCUUGUUUCUUUCACUUCUGUCCGUAGAGUUGCAUCAAAGACUUUAUAUCUCAAAUGAGUUCACUUUUUUUCAAUUAAUCAAGACUGAGAUGAACAGACCGUUUGCUGAACCCCCACCCGAGAACGGCGGCUUUCCAAUCAGAGCCUAGCAACUGUAAUUAGGCACAGCAAGUCCGUCAAGGUUUGGAUUUCUCCACAUGCCUAGACUGGGGUACACGGGGCUGUAAUAAGCAUAAAGGCAAACUGAAAGCGAUGUGACGCUAUGCAAAGUUCACCCCCAUUUAUAUGUUGUGGCACACGGGCUGACCGCUGCACAAGGUGUUGUGAGAUUCCAACAAUGCAACAAAAGGGGAUGUUAAAAUGCAGAUGAGGGCAAAAUUUGCCUUGUCGCCAUGCAGUAUUUUGUGAAAAAGGACAAAGCAGAUGAAGAAUUGAGGAAGGACUUGUUGCGGAUAUUGAUCAGUGUUUAAAGUAGUCAAUAGCGCUUGGUGUGCAAUACACCCCUCUGCCAUGGAGCUAGUGGUCUGCUGACUCUGCCAAGACUAGCAACUCCUGGUGAAUGCGGCUGAACUGGACAGAACAAGACAGCCUCGGAAAACGGAGAACAGUUCCUAUCAGGUAUACAGCACAGAGUGGCUCCUGGUACUCCAGGGCUAAGUUAGCAAAUAAGACGACUACUAACAUACCAUAGUUACAUUUAACAAAGUCAAAGAUCACUUUGGCAGCAAAGCUAGCAGUAUAAGUCCACUUGGAAACUCCAUAAAUCACCUUGGUUCUCUAAAUGGCAUCCAUUGUUCUCAGAGGCUGCCUUCAGAUGGUCCAGAGGUGUUCAUUAAAUUCAAAAAGUGACAUAACUUGCUAGAUAACGUGCCGGUUGCUUACAGUUUGUCCACAAAGUUUGUUAAUUGGUAAGCCAAUCCUGGAGGCUACUGAGGUAUAAGCUAAUGUUAGCAGCUUUGUCCUGGUAUUUCAUUUGGAAAGGUUGACAAGUCAGCGCUCCAAGCCAACAUUUUGUUUGCCAAACACAGUGAGUUACUCUUUAUCCCCAGGCCGUGAUACAUUGUUAAUGCCAAAUGACAACAGUAUGUAAGCUAAGCAGUCAAACAGGGUUUAUGCAACCAAACAGUUUUUACUUACCAGUCUUCAGGUAGGCUACCAGGACUAGUUUUACUUGGCACUUAUACAUCGAUCAUAAAAGGGAUGUGGAUGGCGGAUUUCUAUGUGAGAACUGUUAGCUUUAGCCUCAAGCUUCUAGCACAAUAUCAUGUAUGUACCGAUCAAGUGCAAAUGUAUGUAUUUUUUUAAGAAAGACAUUAACAAAGUCGGCCGGAGGAUAACUCUUCAGCUAACUCACUGAACUGACGUUAGCUUAACUGGCUAGCUAACAGCACAACAGUUGACAAAAUUGAUUAUUGCAGGCCAGAAAUGAGAAACUGCUUUUGUCUACCUCUUUGAAAAACAAGCAACAAGUGUUUCGAGAGGUAAAUCUGCCAAAGAUUUCAUCCACGAGACAAAAGCCUAACAAGUGUCGGGACACUAGCUGAGGAGGAUGGGGCUUAGCAAACGGUCAAUCAACCAGAACUGGUUAAAAAACUGAUUAAAAUCCUGCUACAGAGGUCAGGUUGAUACACUAUAUUUAUCACUUGUAGGCCUAGUGAAUAUUUGUUUAUUUGAAUGCUCCUUUGAAGUAUGUUUACUACUGUAAUUUUAACUAUUUUUACCUCUUGGUGCAGUGUUUGCACCGGCCCGUUAUACGCAUGGGUGACAAAAUGAACUGACAGAUCAAUUUUGGACUAAAGACUUUCUUUUAUCAUGAACUGAUUUACCAAAAUGUAAAACACUGGAUGCUGACAUCAGGGGACACAUGUAUUAUUGCUAAUAAUAUAAAGGUACGAUAAAACUUAAU